AUGCCGAUUUCGGAUUUGCUUGCAUCGAUAACGGGCGAAAAGCCAUCGUCAUCAUCGAUCUCUACGAAAGAUGUCCCAGUAGCAUCUAAACGGAAGGCCGACGAUGACCUUCGAGGUUCUGCGCCAAAGGCCCCGCGUACCGAACCAGCGACAAAUGGAAGUGCCCGGCCGAAUGGAAACGUAUCGAAACCUUCUACAGCGCGCCCCGCCGACCGACCGACGGAGCGCCCCACAGGAAAUGCGAACCCAACGCGUCCCGCAGAAAAAACAACUGGCUACACUGGCACCGCGCAACCACGUUCGUCCACGAAACCAACAGCUCCGGUGUUAACCAAGACCACAUCGACGCAGUCAAAGGUGGGAGGAACAAGCUCGAAUGGGAAUAAGGCUCCACUUUCGCGACCGCUCGUCAGCCGACCUGCCCCUAGCGCUCCUGUCGCCGGCUCUGGACCUCCGAAGAAACGCUCGUAUGCAGAGAUUAUGGCAAGGGCCCAGGCCAAUCAGCCCAUGCUGUCAUCCGUUGGGAAGAUUCAGCACAAGAAGGUGGAGAAGCAGUUGACCUUGAAGGAACGCAAGGAACUAAAGGCCGAGGAAGCGAAGAAGGGCAAGAAGGAUGUAAGGCCACCGACUACCGGGAGGAGCGGUGUGACAGCUGGGCCAACCCGCAAUGGUACCAAUGGCACGACUGCGAACCGUCAGCGGAGUAUCACCCCCUCAGCCCCGGCUGGCGCCAAGUCCAAGACAGGCCAAAAUGCCGUGGAGGAGAAGAAGGUAAAGAAGGCUGCUCUAGCGACGACUGGAUACCAAGGCACGGCACGUCCCCGCCCAGGGGCCACCACCACAAAACCAGGAGCAUCCACCUCGGCAGGCGCGAGUAGGGGCCGUGGGCUGUCCGGUUAUGGCGCCUCAUUCUCACGUCCCCGGAGACGCGAGGAGGAGGAUGAGGAGUUGGACGAUUUUAUCGAGUACGACGAAGAUGAGGAUGAUGGGUACGGCUAUGGUCGUCGCGGUGGUUACGAGUCACUGGAAGAGGAUGACUCAGACAUGGAGGCAGGAUUGUCCGACAUCGACGCGGAGGAACGCCGGGCAGAGUUGCAGGCUCGCAGAGAAGACAUGGAGCAGGAGGCGCUGGAGAAGAGGUUGAAGCGCGAGAAGGAGGAAAGAAAGCGGGCAGCACUUGCAAAACUCAAGUCCAGAGCCGGAGACCGCUGA